AUGACCCGGUCCGUCCCGCACAUUGUCGGCAACUUUCACACAUUGGUCUACAUCCGCGUGCCUGUAGAUGACCAGAUAUUGGCUUACGCGAGGAAGGCGGUCAAUCUGCUCAGGAGACUUAACUGCAGGGCCAAACUAGAAGGCUGCAUACCGGCUCAACGUGAAGACACGUCGGACAGCGACAACACGGAUGACGAAAGCACCAGACAAGGCAGCGCAUUCAAGAAGAAUCUACCAGAACAUCUUCAUCUAUCACUCUGCAAGCCCAUAUACCUAAAGCGGCAAUUUAUCAAACCGUUCACAGACCGACUCGAAGAGGUCCUGGCGAACGUGCGCCCCUUCUAUCUCCUACUAGACACGGAUAUCGCAAUAUGCGCAAACGAAGAACACAAUAGUUUCUUCGCGGUUUUGCCCGUGGAGGCACAAUGUCGCAACAGAUCGGUCGUACCUCUGAUCGACGCAGUGGACAGUGUCGUAGAGCUAUUCGGCUAUGACAGAUAUUAUGAGCAGAGACAACCCCACGUUUCGCUGGCGGUAACCGGGAACCUCAAACACGUGAUGCAACUUCUAUAUGAAGGGCAUGAAGAUGAUGAAAGAGAAUUAUACUCAUCUCAUCACUGGAGACAGGUAGAGCGCUUCUUAAACGACGCCCAAGAGGCUGAAGAUGCGAAUGAGAAGGAUGGAGGUGCAGUAGAAAAUGAUCGUACGAGUAAAAAUGAGCCUGAGAUUCACAAUGAGGACGUUGGUUCACCGGAGAAAACAUCCGCAGGUGACGUGCGGUAUACCUUUUACCAUGAGGAUCUCCAAACACAUACUGGCGAUGACGAUGGCGAACGCCCCGAACCGUUGUGCAUAUACGUCGAAGAUAUCCGUAUACAAGUUGGAUCGCAGACUACAGUAAUAAAACUUUCAAAAUCAGUAAUAUAG